AUGUGGUGUGACACUGUUUCAUCCUGGCUGUCACACAACGGGAAGUCGGGAGGGCCCGGUACCCAUUUCCACCUGGGUGAAGUGAGAAAAAUUCAUGAAAGUGUCUUCCCUAAUGGCACAAUGUCGAUCCCUGAUGGGACUCUCAGCUUGUUUGUGGUUUUGAUGACGUCGGUCGCUGUGACGUCACAGUCGACAGUUGUGCAAGAGUUGCAGGGGAAGUUGGACCAACUGGAAGAUGACUUGGCCAAACUGAGUCAAUACGCCAUGAUGCAGCAGUUUGCUGCCGAGGAGAGAGUCCGGAGUGAGGGUUACUCUGGCGUGAACGUCAUACGAGGGACCGAAAUGGGCAUCUUCAACUACCACUCCAACAGUCACGUAGGCAACGGUAUGAUGGCGAUACAUGACCACCCCAACUAUUUCCGGACCAUCGGCCAAGGCGAGAUUGUGGCCGUUCUGAACGGAGUGUCUUUCAGAACCCGCCACAACGACUACAGUCUGGUGAUGGCCUCGCCAAACUCCACGGAGAAACACGCUGUGGAGGACAUCCCCUUCCCGGAAGUGCCCCCAGAGGUCACGAACAAACUGUUAGUUAAGGUUAGUCCUUGUGGUAGACUCAUAUAA